AUGGAGUACCGUCUGUUGUUAAAUGCCAUUCAAGAGAAAAUUCAGUUGUGUAGACACAAAGGUAGCUUAGUGGCGCCAUCUACGCCGGAGAAUGACGAUUUACUCGUAGGUGAUGAACCCAAAGGCAUAUACGUCUUAGUGUCAGGCUUACUAGAAGCGACAUAUGAACCACCUGAUGGGGAUAUGGAUGAGGCGAUACCGAAUUAUGAGUUCCUCACGGAUCUGAAGUUUGGAGACCCUAGUCAGGACUUCAUAGUGUCUGGCAACGCAGUGGGCGUGCUUGGGGCUCUCACAAAUCGUCCGUACAGUUAUACAGUGCGGUGUGACUCAGCGGUACAAGCGUAUUUUAUCACCAUGCCAAUUAUCAAAGAGGCAUUCAACCUGGCUCCACAUCCUAUUCAUGGUUUAGAAGCAGCGAUGUGGCGAGAGAUCGGCAUAAAGUUUUCUAUGAUGAUACUACCCUCUGUACCUGCGUACCAUGGGUGGUCUGUGGAGAAGCUCAGCAUGCGUCUGGAGCAUAGCUUCGUGCCGUGUCUUAAAGCAUUCAAGGUUACUGAAGCCAUAAUUACAGUUGAAAUGAUGGUUAUGAGCGUGACUGGAAAGAGAUUAAAGAAACGAUGUAUGAAUUGUAAGAGAGAAUAA